AUUGACCCCGAGGUAAAGAAAUAAAUCUGAAAGCCGACACAUCACAAGAGGGGGCCUCUCCAUCUGCGCAAUCCAUAAAUUCAGAAAUCAGUACCAUCUAUCAAGUACGUAUUCUAUACUUCUACAGACCUAAAUUUUUCUUCUUUGCCGCUUAAAACCACUGUUCCUGAAAACCCCAUUUCUUUUCUUCUCUAUAUUCCAUAUAUACUUCUUUGAUUAUGGGUGAAGGUAACAAAGAUAAGAGAAGGAGGAAGAAGAGAGGAGGUGCAAAAAGAAGAAUGACUGCCGAACAAACUUUAGCUUUAAAAUCUGUUAAUGAAUGGGUUAAUUUGGCUAAACAUUCUUCUUCUGAUGAAGUUAACCAAAUAGAUGACGACUUUUUACCUGAAAUGAUGUGUAGAGCUACUUUUUCUGAGAAAGUUGUGUUUGAAUUGCAUUCCCAUUCAAUUUGUAGUGAUGGGUUUUUGACCCCUUCUGCUCUUGUUGAAAAAGCUCAUCAAAAUGGGGUGAAAGUUCUUGCUCUUACUGAUCAUGAUACAGUGUCGGGUAUCCCUGAGGCUCUAGAGGCUGCUUACAGAUUUGGCAUCAAGAUUAUUCCUGGCGUUGAGAUCAGUUCUGUUUUUGCAACAAGAGAUGAUUCCGAGUCAGAAGAACCAGUUCACAUUCUUGCGUAUUAUAGCAGCUGUGGACCCGCAAGAUUUGAAGAAUUUGACCAAUUUUUGAGGAACAUAAGGGAAGGACGUUAUGUUCGUGCAAAAAGUAUGCUCUCAAAACUUAACAAACUCAAGAAGCCCAUUAAAUGGGAAAAUGUCAUAAGAAUUGCAGGCAGUGGAGUUGCUCCUGGUAGACUGCAUGUUGCCCGUGCUUUGUUGGAAGCUGGCCAUGUUGAGGAUCUUAAGCAAGCCUUUGAUCGAUAUCUUUAUGAUGGCGGACCUGCAUAUUCUAAAGGAAGCGAGCCUUCUGCUGAAGAAGCUGUGCAAAUGGUAUGUAAAACUGGAGGCAUAGCUGUCUUGGCACAUCCGUGGGCACUGAAAAAUCCCAAUCCAGUAGUCAAGAGUUUAAAAGCGGCAGGUCUUCAUGGGAUAGAAGUUUAUAGAAGUGACGGAAAACUUGCAGUGUACAGUGACCUUGCUGACGCUUAUGGCCUCCUAAAGCUCGGAGGCUCAGAUUAUCACGGAAGAGGUGGGCGUGCAGAAUCUGAUCUUGGAAGUGUUGGCCUUCCUGUGCUGGCUGCACAUGAUUUCUUGAAGAUAGCUCGACCAAUUUGGUGUGAUGCCAUUAAAAAUAAUUUGGUGCUAUAUCUUGAAGACUCUAGUGAGCUGAAUCUAAAGCAUAUCACGAGGUUUGCAACGAAAAGUAUUACUACCAGUAACUCCGAAAAGGAUAUUAUAAACAGUUGUUUACGCUCAUGGCUGUCAAGGGAAGAGAUGCAGCAUGCAGAUUUCCAGGCCACCAUUUCAAAGCUUCCUGAUAUUGCAAUAAGCUGACAGGAAAACUUUCACUUUUCUUGGGGUAGGGGGUUCUAAAUUUGUUUCAAGAAUAAGGUAUCCUUACUUUAUCUAUUUAUUUUUUUUUUGCCAGAUUUAGAUUUGAGUAUCACUGCACAUUUUUUUGCACAGUGAUGCCUAUAGGAAAUAUGCUUCUCCCAAUGAGUAUCAAAAUUUGAUCUAAUUUGGUUUGGUAGAUGAUUGAAUUUGAAUUUCAAAAGAUAGCAUUUUAUUGUGUUUCGGUUACAAGUAGUGAUAGAAGUAAUUGAUGUUCCUUGACCCUUGUAGAGUUAUUUUUUUAAGGAGCUCUUCUUUAACAAUUUACAGUUGUCAUUCAUAUUUGGAUAGAGAUAAAUAGAGGGAAAAAAAGGAAAGAGAUUUGAUAAGAUGAAAAUUACUUGUUUGGAUCGGAUUUAGAGGAGAUGAGUUUGAAAGAAAACACAAACAAAUUUUGUUAAGAGUAUAAUCUCUCUUAAAGUGGAAGUAUUUAGAGGGAAAAUAUUCAUUUUCCUUCUAAAUAAAUAAGGUGCACUCUCCCUCAAUUAUCUCUCCCUUCCUUACCCAUCCUAUCUUUUCCCUACCCCUUCCCUUCUUUUUUUUUUCUAAUUUAUUAUCCAAACAUAUAUUACAAUAAUAAUAAUAAAAUAUAAAUUACAAUUAUGAGGAAUUUGUAUUAACACUUUGUUGAUGGCUAAAAGCAAACUACACAAUAACACUAAUGAAAACUUGAAAAUACUUGUGCAACGAAAACUGUUGCCCGGAAACUUAAUACUUGUUGUAGGCAUGUAAUUACUUUCCUUUUGUGAUAUUCUCCCCACAAAGGUACUUGGAUUUGAACUUGGAAAUUCACAACGAGAUACAAACAACACAAUAUACCCUUAAAGUAUACCGCUUAAUAACAAAAUGUAUAAAUGAAUUAUAAACUUGAAAGUUUGACAAAAAAAUUCAUAACUCUUUUUGAAAAUCACAAGUAAAAGAGAAAUCAAGGAUAACAUAGAAUUCGAAAAAUUGGUAUGUGCAUCCUUCACCCAAGACUCUCUAUUUAUAAUAGUUAUAGUAUACCCAAGAGUCAAGGGAUGCUAAUUACCAUUGAUGAUCAAGCUUAAUGAUCAUACAUCAAUACCAUGUCGAUUGUGGUAUUCAUGAGCAUUAUUCUGAGUUAUUAACACCCUUAUAACUUCAGAAUCACAGUUGAACAAAAAGGAAUCUAAUGCCCAUUGUUUAAAGAAGACGAAAAGACAAAACAGAACUUGGUCUGCACCUAAAGUCGAGUCGGCUGUGGUACCAACCCACAUGAUAGCCGAGUCGACUUUUCCUAUUGACUCGGUUUCCUAUUUUGCCUUUUGUCCUUCCCUUUUGAAUCCCUUUUGGACCUUGUAUUUUUAAUAUAUUUUAAAAAUUAAUAUACACUAAAUAUCCAACAUCAUAUAGGAAGACUUUAACCUUAGUCCC